UUCGAGCUGAAAACCCCAUUUCCUUCCGAAGAAUAUUCCAAGGAAUAACAAUAAUCAUAUUGGUAGAACAAAACACGUCUCCGACGUCGUUGUGGUGAAAACAAAUCAAAUUAGAUAAAGGAACAGUACAACACAAUAUCCGUUUCUAAAAGGAAGCAUGAUGUCACAAGAGGAUCUGGGUCACGGUUAUGGGUCAUUUAACACGAAGCAAAUGAAUCAAUAUAAGAUGCUGAAAUGAUUUUCAGAUUUUUCGGUGAGGUGUUUAUGGUUUUAGUUACCAGCUGCUAUGGAAGAGAAAUUCGUGCAAGUUUAAGUCAAUCAACGAGUCCAUGGUCGUCUGCUAAAACACAGUGUGCCCCUCUUGGAUCCCAAACUUCCUUCAAUGUCUCAAAUGAUUCAAUAGUUCUCUCCAAUCGCUCGGCCACAGAUGGGGUAUUUUGGAUAGGAGCUUAUGUGGAACAUACAAAAUGGAUAAAGAUUCUUGGUUGUCACUACGUCGGCCUCAUUGUCUCAAGCCCAAUCCAAAACAGCAGAGUACUGGAGACACAUGAUGUGAAGUCCUGUCAUGACUAUUGUAAAGGCGCUACGGUUUUUGGUCUAGGUUCUAAUAGCUGCUACUGCUACGGAGGAAAUUUCUCUUUAUCUCAAAUCACAAAGUGUGUACCUCAGAAGUGUUCCGGAUCUCAGAACGAUUUUUGUGGCGUCGACUAUAAUGUUGUUGUCUAUCAAAUAGUUUCUUCACAGUACCAGGGACUGGGGGAGUGUCUAGCCUCUGGUUAUAAUGGCGAAUAUAACACUACCGGUGCCCAGUAUUUCUGGUUUGGGCAACCAGUUGUUUUACCAUGUGAUAAUUCAGAGUUAGGAUACACGUAUCGAACAGCUUUAAACUUUCCCCGGAGUCAUCAUCUGUUUGUCUACACAUUACCCGUAGAGUCAUGGCAAGACGCGGUGCUGAGAAGCUACCAAACCGCCCAGGGUCUGCUGGAAUUUCCUACCUUUCUUAUUCCUAAACAAUCACUGGCGUCACCAAUGGCAGACGACAAAUACUGGGUGGGGUUAUUCAGAAGACACAAGAUGGUGUUUGGCUUAGAUAUACCAAACAUUUCCAUCACCAAUUGUGUUGGGGGAAAACUAAAUGCCGACGGAAAAUUGACAACGGAAAUUCGUUCCUGCGAUGACUCAUUACGAGUGUUAUGCGAGUUCAGUGACCGUAAUGACGUAACCCCUGCAGCCUUGACGUCAGUGACGCCUAUGGUACAGCCGAAGAUGUUAUCUUCUACAGCUAAACCUGAAAACGGUUCCACUGAAGCUAACAAUAUCUUUAAUUCGGGGACAGAUUUUACAGACAACUUGAAAUGGUACCUCGUGCUUGGUGGGCUUGUCGCCGUUUUCCUUUUGGUGGUUGUGUGCACCAUCGUCUGGGCAAUUUUGAAAAUCAAACGGCGGAAAACAACAAACAUCCCAGAGAGUACACAAAACAACUAUACAGAUUUCAGAGUUGUCCUUCAGAACAGGACAGGUGAUAAAACGACAGCAGGAGAAGAUCUGUAUUUCACUAUACCAGAGCAAGAAAUGAAUCCCGACGCAAUGGUUGAUAGACCUCGAUUAUCACUUCCUCAAAGAAAUUAUGUAAAUACAGAAUCCAAUGCAAAAGAAGAAACACCGGUGAGCGAUGAAGACAACGAAAUGGAAAAUGAGUAUACAGACAUCACAGAGGAAAUUGACGAGGAAAUAUUUCCGAUUAAAUCAAAUAGCGUAUCGAUGAGCAAGAGAAAUGUUGGACAAGAUGCACAGUAUUUUGUUUUGGAAAAAGCUGAUUCCACUGAACUUCAGCCAUCUUUUAAAUUUAAGAAAAGUGAAAAUAAUGCAGGUGACCUGUAUGAUCAAGUUGAAGGAAUAGAUACAAAUUUAUAUCAUGAAUUGGAAAAACAAGUGACUGUAGAAAAUGUUUCCAGUAAUUUAAACAAUGAGUCGAAGAAACCUGACGUUAUAAACAAUAUCUAUCAUGUAUUAGAAAAACCUGUGUCUUUUGAAGGUGCAAAUGCACAAGAUCGAAACAAAUCUGUUUCACGAAAGUCCUGCAAGAAAAACGUUUCGUUUUUCCGUAAAACUGAGACAAGUUCGGACAAAUCGUACGAAAAAAUAUGGAAAGAAAGUGCUAAACCCAGUAAAGUUAAAAGUUUGAAAAUUAAAAGUCGACAAGGAACUUCACAGGACAGAACACACGCCAAGGUCAAGGUUUCCGCGUCGUCACCAGUAGUGAAAGCUGCUGUUCGCAAAAGUCGCGAGUCUUCCAAAAAAGUAUCAAGAAACAAAGUAAGAGUCAGCGGAUUACCUGAUGUUCUAGCGUCAUCGAAUGAUUCAAUGUACGACAUGCUGAAAACUUCCAUAAAAACUUCCGGUGCUCCUCGUCAAAAUGCUUGUGACGAAGACUACGACACAAUGGAAAGUGUCAGAGCUUUCCUCGAUCAACCUUCAACUGGUGGAAAAUGAUAAUUGCAUUGAUUUUUUUAAAUUUUAUCGACA